CGAAAACGUCGUGUUGGCCGCUCUUAGCUUCUUCUCUGGUGCUACUAUCUCAAUUUGUCGGUAAAAACAAUAGCGACUUGUAGCGUAGACUUCGGAACUACGUUUCAGAAAAACAGCCAUCCCGCAGAGCUCAAAUUUAUUCCCAAGUAGUAUGACUCAACGAUGAAUAACGCCUUUUUAUAUUCAAGUAGUACGACUUAACAAGAGCUACCGCCUUUUUAUUUUCAAACAGUGCAAUUUAACGACAGAUCAGAGUCUUUAUCUUCAAGUAGUACUAACAAGUCAGAAAACUUUUCUAUUGUCAAAUAAUACAGCUUCACGGCAGACCGAUGCCGCGUCGUGUCGAUGAUCAAAUCAACGUUGUCGACUGAUGGAGAUGUUACUAGUGGGAUGCAUUUGUAAGGUCGACUGUCAUCAGCAGUGAAGACGUAAGGACCCUAUCACUAUCGUCACCACCACCACUAUCCUCGUCACCACUGACAUUACCACCACUACCUACGCAGUUCUUCAUCGUCGUGCCGGCGAUGGAGCGUGCGUAAUUCUACGGCAAUGAUGCUGCGUAAUGUCGGCUUUUCCCCACGGACCGUUUCCAACUACCGCACGCGUCUCGCCACCACCAGCCACGGCAGUAUUCGCCAGAUACGAUCUCACGGAUUAUCGGCUACGUCGGCCGCGCCGCCGCUCCGCUGCAUAUGAUUCAUAGGGACCGUGCUCGUAGGACCGAGCUCGAGCUUGUAUCAGGAUUAGAAGCCAAAUUUUAUACGCUUGAAGAUGUUAGAAGUUGGUCUAAGAGUUGUUCGUGGUCCAGAUUGGAAGUGGGAUGAUCAGGAUGGCGGCGAAGGACAUGCUGGGACAGUAGUGGAGAUUGGGAAGCCUCCAUUUACAGGAAACUCGGCUUCUAGUCCAAAUCCUGCUGAUCGGACGCCGGAUAAGACGGUAAUCGUCCAAUGGGACCAUGGCUCCAGAAGUAAUUACAGAAUUGGAUAUCAAGGUGCUUAUGAUCUACUGGUAUUUGAUAAUGCAUCCGCUGGCAUCAAGCACUCCAAUAUCAUCUGUGAUGGAUGCAAAAGGCACGGGAUAAGCGGCAUCAGGUGGAAGUGCUCGCAGUGCUUUGAUUAUGAUCUCUGCACACAGUGCUACAUGGGCGACGUGCAUGACUUGACGCAUACGUUUAAGCGGUUUCAAACAGCUAAUGCCGUGGGGGUUCAAUUAACACCAAGAGAAGGCUGUACCAAGAUGCCGUUAAAGGGAAUCUUCAUAGGGGCAAAGGUCAUUCGUGGUCCGGAUUGGGAGUGGGGAAAUCAAGACGGAGGCCGUGGGAAAACAGGCAGGGUCAUGGAUAUACGAGGAUGGGACAAUGAGAGUUGUCGGUCCGUUGCCACAGUCACAUGGUCUACGGGCAGCACGAAUGUGUAUCGAUUGGGCUACAAGGGUUGUGUGGACUUGUGCUACGUGGAGGAAGCCAAGUCCGGUACUUAUUACAGGGAGCAUCUCCCGCUACUCGGCCAGCCGGUAAUGACUAUUCCGGACAACGGGAACAACUCGACAACGGCCAAGAACGGCGGUGUCACCAAUGCUACGUCUAGUCCGCACCAUCUAACGUUCAAUGUCGGUGACAGGGUGAAAGUGCUGCUCGAAGUUGAGAUGCUAAAGGAGAUGCAGGAUUCCGGCCAUGGCGGGUGGAAUCCGCGAAUGGCCGAAUGCAUAGGAAAGAUUGGCACGGUGCACCGAAUUACAGACAAAGGAGACAUUCGCGUGCAAUAUGAAGGCUGUAAUAAUAGAUGGACCUUCCAUCCGGGUGCUUUGACGAAAGUUACCAGUAAGGACGCGUUCGUCGUUGGUGAUGUGGUCAGAGUGAAGAGCGAUCUGACUGCCAUCAAGCAUUACCAACGCGGUCACGGCGAGUGGAUAGACGUGAUGAAAAAUGCGCUGGGAAAAACCGGAAAAGUAAUGAAGAUCUAUGCCGACGGUGACUUGCGUGUGGCGUUGGACAGUCACACGUGGACGUUUAAUCCGCUGAGUGUCGUCCUCGUCCCUGCCGGGACGAACGUGGCUGCUGCUACGCACUACGAUGCCAACAUAAUUAGAGAUCGCUCAGCUGAUGGUACCGACAGCGAAGUGGAGAAAUUGUUGAGGGAUGCAGCUAGAGGUGAGGCUGGUGUGGCCGCUGUGCGUGAAUUCUUGAAGAAGUAUCCGGGCAGGGUGGACGCGCGUGCUCCCGGCGGCGGCAAAAAAACGUGUUUGCAGGUAGCCGCGCACCAAGGCCAACGCGAUCUCUGCAACCUCCUGCUGGACGUUGGUGCCUCCUUACGGGCGGUGGACGAGGAUGGGGAUACGCCGUUACAUUAUGCAGCAUUUGGCAAUCAACCGGAGGUGAUGGAACUGUUGCUAUCCCGGGGAGCGACUAUCAACGCCGUUAACAAUGGCAGAUGUAGUGCCUUGCACGUGGCAGUGAACAAACAGCAUGCACAGUGCGUCAAGAUGUUGUUACGUUAUCACUGCGACAUCAAUCUGCAGGACUCUUACGGUGACACGGCGUUGCACGACGCGAUUGGGAAAGACGCGCUCGACAUAAUUGACGCGCUGUGUGCCUGCGAGAGAGUGGAUUUCAAGCUGCGGAACAAACGCGGUUUCAACGUGCUGCAUCAUGCCGCACUCAAAGGCAACGCUCACGCAACGGAGAAGUUGGUGGCGCGUGCACGGAACCUGGUGGACGUGAAGAAGGACGAUGGCUUCGCAGCGUUGCACUUGGCAGCGUUGAACGGUCAUAGGGAAGUCGCGGCGAUACUCCUGUCGCAGAACGGCGGCCGCGCUACGGUCGACCUGCGCAACAAUCGGCAGCAGACCCCACUGCAUCUGGCGACUUCACAGGGGCAUUGGUCUCUCGUCGAGCUGUUGGUGCAUCACAACGCGAAUAUCGCCUGUGCGGACGAAGACGGUGACACUGUGCUGCACAUUGCAAUCGCCAAGAGCCCGAAUCAACAGACCAUCGUGCCCACAACUGAGAGCAGCCGAGAUUCGCCGCUUAUAUACGCGAUCUGGCAGGCCCUGGCAAGACAAGGUGCAAAGACUGAAUUAGCAUUAGCUUGUUUCUUGGUGAGUAUAGACGUAAGUUGCACGCUUCUCGAAACGGCGAAGAAUCACAAGGAGAAGACGCCGCUCGAUCUUCUGGAGGCCGACCCGCAGGCAUCUCAGCUCGCCGAUCUUUUACGAUCUUACCGAUACCAAAAUCACAACACACAAUUAGAAAUAGAGAACAAUCCGCCAACCGGUUACAUAGAGCCGUCUACGUAUCGAAUAGAUAAUAUGUCACCGUCGGAAGGAUUGCGCGACGCGAGAAAGAGCAUACCCGGCGCCGGCGACGAUGCAGAAUGUCGGGAUUGUUCGGGGAUCGUAUCCGGCACGAAGCAAGAGAACCGAUUUGAUUCCGAUAGCGCGCUCGUUGGCUGUGCACAUUGCGGCCAUACGAUCGUCAAGAAGCAAACGAUUCAAGACGGUCAACUAGCGGCGGGCGAGGUCUCCAUAGCUAAUCCAGAGGACAACUCGCCCGAGGGCAAACGCAAGGAGGAGAUCAGCGAAAAGGAGAAGGACAAAGACUUGGAGCGAUUGCGUUACCUCGAGACCAGAGUCGCGGAUCUCGAGGAAGCGAAUAUGUGCAGCAUCUGCAUGGAACGUCGCCGUAAUGUCGCCUUCCUUUGCGGACAUGGUGCGUGCGAGCACUGCGCCGCACCGCUGAAGACCUGUCACAUGUGUCGUAAGACGAUCACGAAGAAGAUCAACUUGUAUUAAGAGAUCGGACGUCAGUUUUAAUAGCGACACACAUGUUUCUCUCAGGCAGAAGAGGGAUCGAUAUUUCGACGCGGCUGGUAGUGCGAGUAGAUUUGUGACUCGCGUGGAACGAUUUCGACGAGUUGUCAAGCUCGCGUUCUACUGUCCAAAUGGUCGAGAUCGUCUCAGAAGCGCGCAAACCAUGCGUUGCGAGUGGCGACAAAUGGAAACGGAAAUAAAAUUAUGUAUUUUGCAGCAUUAAAUGUUUCGACGUCUCUGGCGGUCGAUGAGAAGCAUUUUAUUCACUUACAGCUUGCUCUUCUCAAGUCUCGAAAAUCCUAUUUUUAAUCUCACAAGUGCGCUCUUGCGACUCGAAGUAAGUCCGCGCCACUUUUUCAUGUGCAAUAAUAGAUAUCACGUCGUCUACCGAGGUAUCGAUCUUCCUUCACGAGAGACGUCCGAUCGAGCGGCGAACAAUUAAGCGAGGAACCUGCUGAGCAUGAUCAGUAGGCAAUGUUUACCGAUCGAUUUAAACGCGCGAGGCGUUGCGCCCGGUUACGCUGACAAAUCGAAACUGCCAAAACCGUAGAGACGCGUUCUUCGCGACGUGAAAAAGGGACGCGAGAACCUGGCGAAUUCUCGACCACGAGAGGGAGCUCUCAUUGUUGCACCAACACCGUGCCAUAACGAGAUUUUUUACGCGUGACCAAGACCGCACGUUCGCUCGGAUACUGGCUGCAGCCGCACGCACUUUACGUUACGCUUUGUUGAUUUUGUCAGAGAUUAAUUAUUAAUUAGUUUAAUCGAUAGCGGUGCGAGCGCCGCUCGUGUCGUAUACCGGCGGACGUGCGCGACGUACGAACGUUGUUUGUGACAUAUGUACACAUCUUGUACACGCUUUCCUUUCUCCGCGAAUCGGCGCGAUCGCGCCUGUGCUUCAUCCCGUCCAUUUUUUAUCCCUUGUUUGAGAGGAGAGCGCGGAUGUGCCGAACGCGAAGUAGCCACGAGAGACAAGGUCGCGCGCUUCGACGAGUAGUAAAGUAGUAAAGCGCGAUGAGAAUCAAUCAGAGAAGCCCACAAACGAAACAUGUUCGUACAUAUCGCAUCACGCAUUAUCGCGAGGAAACGACGACGUAUUAUUUCUAUACGUGCGUGUUCGAAAACUUCCAAGACUUCCUGCGAACUUCUUACCACUUCUUGCCACGCAUUUGCGGGAGAGAAGAGGGGCACGCUCAAGAACGAUUUGAUCUUCGGUGCAAUUUUUUUAGAUGAUUUAGCAUGAGAAAGUUUAUUAGCAUCUUCCUUUUUAUAAUAGUCUGCAGAGCUGUUUAGUUCAAUGGAAGGGAUCUUUGUCGAUUCCAUUCACACGCCGCGUUGCCGUGUACAUUUAGAAAAGAACGUAAAGACAAUCCAUCAAAUGUUGCCGUUUGUGGCGAAAACAGAUCGAGAAAAAAAUGCACGUCGGAGAAUGCAAUUAAAUGGAGAUCUUUUAAAUAUUAAACAGACGGAAAAGGAGAGAUAGAGAGAAGAAAAGAGUGGUCGGUACGCAUUCGGUAAAAUCGCGUGGGACUUUGACUGUACUACAAUGUGCGACACUUGAAUUGUCCAUAUCAGCUUCAACGUGUGAAUGUACCCCCUUCUCUUCUACGACAUUUGCAUCGUUCGCUGGACACAUUUUGAGUAUUGAGUAAGAGAUAUUAUAUAGAGGGAAAUACACCCAGUCUUAUAGCCAAAUUUUCUAGAUAGUUGAAUUAUGCUCGUCGAGAGACCUUGUAUAAAGUAAUCCGUUUUGUGAUCGAUUGAGAUUGGGAGCAUGGAACCAAUUAAUUUUAAGCGCGCCCUCCGUUGCGAGAGAGCGCACGUCGAUUGAGAGACAUUUUUUCCACAGAAAGGCGUAUACAAUUCGCGUCGUUCACAUUAGCCGACAAUUACCGUGGUACAGGCUUAACCGCAAGGACGAAUCCUCAAGCAGUCGAAUUACCAGUAA